AUGGCAAUGUCUCUCAUCCAAGCGUGCCGCAGCCUGGCUCUCUCAACAUGGCUGCUUUCCUUUUGUUUCGUGCAUCUGCUCUGCCUGGACUUCACCGUGGCCGAGAAGGAGGAAUGGUACACCGCCUUCGUGAACAUCACCUACGCCGAGCCCGCGCCGGACCCCGGGGCCGGGGUGGCGGGCGGCGGCGGCGGCGGCGGCGGCACCACCGCCGAGCUGCACACCGAGAAGACCGAGUGCGGGCGCUACGGGGAGCACUCGCCCAAGCAGGACGCCCGCGGGGAGGUGGUCAUGGCCAGUUCGGCCCACGACCGCCUGGCCUGCGACCCCAACACCAGGUUCACUGCCCCGGCUCACGGCAAAAACUGGAUAGCCCUCAUCCCCAAGGGCAACUGCACGUACAGGGAUAAGAUCCGGAACGCGUUCCUGCAGAACGCCUCCGCCGUGGUCAUCUUUAACGUCGGCUCCAACACCAACGAGACCAUCACCAUGUCCCACGCAGGUGUAGAAGACAUCGUGGCAAUAAUGAUUCCUGAGCCCAAAGGGAAGGAGAUAGUAAGCCUUCUGGAGAGAAACAUCACUGUGACGAUGUACAUCACCAUCGGGACCCGGAACUUGCAGAAAUACGUCAGCCGCACCUCGGUUGUGUUCGUCUCCAUCUCCUUCAUCGUCCUGAUGAUUAUUUCCCUCGCCUGGCUGGUCUUCUAUUAUAUCCAGAGGUUUCGAUAUGCAAAUGCCAGGGACAGAAACCAGCGCCGACUGGGAGAUGCAGCAAAGAAAGCCAUCAGCAAGCUCCAGGUCAGGACCAUCAAGAAGGGUGACAAGGAAACAGAGUCUGAUUUUGACAACUGUGCAGUUUGUAUUGAAGGGUACAAGCCCAACGAUGUCGUCCGGAUCUUGCCCUGCCGGCAUCUUUUCCACAAGUCCUGUGUUGACCCCUGGCUCCUAGACCAUCGCACCUGUCCCAUGUGCAAGAUGAACAUUCUUAAAGCCCUAGGGAUCCCGCCCAAUGCCGACUGCAUGGACGACUUGCCCACUGACUUCGAGGGAUCUCUGGGCGGUCCGCCAACCAACCAGAUCACAGGCGCAAGCGACACGACUGUAAAUGAAAGCUCAGUCACUUUGGACCCUGCUGUCCGGACUGUGGGAGCCUUGCAGGUGGUCCAGGAUACAGAUCCCACCCCGCAGGAGGGAGAAAUCAUCUUCACCACCAACAGUGAACAGGAGCCAGCUAUAAGCAGUGAUUCUGACAUCUCACUGAUCAUGGCGAUGGAGGUUGGACUGUCUGAUGUGGAACUUUCUACCGACCAAGACUGCGAAGAGGUGAAAUCUUGAAAUUGUGAAUAUAGAAGAAAGGGAUGGUAGGACCCAAGGGGAAGGAAGGGAGGAGUGCCCCAAGAAUGGACCAGGCACACGCACCUCCAGAACACCUUGGUAACUCCGUGGGGCUCCACUCAAGAAUGAUACUGAAAAGCAAUAUCCAAAGUCACGUUCAUCAGGAUGCAGUUUCUUCGUCUCUACAACAGCCCAUGGCCUUGGCACCUUGGAAGUUGAAAGCUGAUUUUCUCUCCCAUGUCCUGUAGACACACACUUCAGAAGUUCCUCAAACAGACUGAAAGGACACUUUUAGGGCUUCUUAGUUUCAUUUCAUUUUUUUUCGGGUCUUGUUUUCCUGUUUGGGGAAUGUUGUUGAUUUCUUUGGCACUUUCUUUUUAAGGACUGUGUGUAUUUUAUGUUCACUCUUUUGUUUUUCCUUUGAUUCACUCCAGCUUUUGUACAGAGUUCUGUUUAGAAGCAUCAGUUCCUGCUAUGGCCCGUUUGUAUUCCAUCUCUGAGAUUAAUGGCCUUGACCUCUCAGCAUGAAGUGUGCAUGGCUUUGGGAAGUGCCUCAGCACCUUGAAACAGUCUUAAGGCCAGCUUUCAUUUAGAAUCUAAAUUCUUUGAAGUGGGUCUUGGAAAUCCCAGCUGCCAGAGACCCCAACACCAAGCUCUGAAUCUGCUGAGGCCACUGCUCGAUUUUUCAGCUACACACACUGGCUUCCAUUUGCCAGGCUCUGUUAAGGACCCACGUGACUUGAGAAGGAUGCUCUAGGGAGGCACUUCAAUCCGUCUGGUUCUUAACAGUCUUUGGCUGAAAUUCUGAACUCACAAGUUCCCUCUAAGGCAUUAGUGCCAUUCUCUGUGGCUGUAGGGCUUGUCUGUCACUGGGACUGCAAGCCUAGUUUUCAAACCAGAUACCACAUACUCUUCCUGAAAGCAAAAUGUCUGUUGCAUUGGUUUCUUCAAGGCUACAGAAGUCUUUUGUUACCUCCACAAGUGGGUUCUGCAGAGAUGGAAGCUUUAGAAAUGAUCCAGUCAUCUUUGGAUCCAACACAGUGAGGGCUGCAGUAGCAUCUAGGUCUUACCUUAAUUCCAAUAGGCUUCUGUUCAGCCUCACCAGACCUAGGGAAGGAUUUAGGUAAAUCCUUAGGAAAUUGCUUUCCAGGGCUCCCCCGAAUGCGUCUAGAUACCAAGUGAGGAGGGAGGGGUGAUUUGACAAACGCUUUGAUCUAAAAAGUACAGCAUAGGAAUGGUGGAAACCAAGUUUCUCCUGACUGAGAGAGACAAAGUCAGAGGGAAAGGAAACGAGGUAACAAAAUGAAUUCUAAAACCCACCAGUGUUUAUAAACUGUUUAUGUUUUUAUUCUUUUUUUGUAACUAUGACAGAGAUGUGCUAUUUUUUCAGUGGACAAUUUUGUAAUACACUGAGACUCUCCAGAUGCAGAGAUGACUAAGGCAGUGUGAGUGGUUUCUCUGGACCAGUAGUUUCUCUGACCAUGGGUCACCUCCGCAUCCAAGAAAGGCCGUGCUGCUGCGUGGGUUACUCUCACCUAGUUGUUUACGUAUGUGAUGAGGCCCUUCUGCCUCUCUACACCCAUACGCACGCAAAAACAGAGUUUGGUUCUGCUCUAAAACCUUGCUGCCUGCUGGAACACGGUGUAUAUGUCAAGGGAGACCCCUGGCUACUCUUUUUGCACCACCUUGAACAAUUUCCUAUUUGAUGCUUCCUAAGUAGGCAGCAAGGCAAAGCAAAUGAUCUCCACCUUCGGAAAUGUCACAUCUCUCUAGGAGUCCAACACUUCCUGUAAUGAAAUCCAGGGUCUCCACGCAGGGAGGAGUGAAGGGAGUGCUGAAUGAGGAGUCAGGAGGCGUAGAUGAGCAGUGUACUCUCUGGGCCUUGGCGUCUCCAUCUGUAAAGUGAAAGAGUUUAACAAGAUGAUGCCCAAGGCUCCUUCUGGUCUUAGGACCACUAAUGAGCAUUUUGCCAGGGGGAUCCAUUUUCAGCAGAGAGAGACGACAUACAGCAGACUAGAUUCUACCUUGGGGACGCAGAGUUAUUUGAUAUGUGGCACAGGACAGCUUUUGAGAUUUGGCACUCCUGCGUGGCUGAGACUGACUCUAGUGAUUGAAGUUAGACGUCCAAGUAGGAGUUGUUUUGUCUCGCCUUGUUUUGAAAACCACACUUAGUCACAGAGUUUGCAGUCUCUGGAUACUUUCAAAUCCUGGUUCACAGUGUGGAAUUCUUCAUCUCAAGGUAUUUCGUCUUCUUGGGCAGCAAAGGCCUGCACUGCCUACCCAUCCUUCAGUCAGCUUUACCCAAAACAAAUUGUGGCAUUAAGUCAAGGGGAAUUAGAAGGAUAAUUCAACAGCAAAGGAAAUAUAAAUUGCAUUCCAUGCGCAGAGAGAAAAUGCCUUUUGGAUUGCUGGGUGUCCUCUCCUCCUGCCAGAGACCAGGUAGAUCAGGAACUGGUUGCCUGUGUGUGCUGUGCCCUAGCAGUCCCCAUAAGAUGCUGCAGAGGUGAUGGGGCACCCAGGUGGCCAAUCUGAGGCCUGUGGACCUGACCCUAAGGAGGUUCUGCUGCAAACUCCCUGAGCCUAGAAAUUUCUCCUUUACCAAAGGUUUGUUUCUGAAGAACUUUCCUAUGGCUUCGGUAGUUUGAAAAAACAAAACAAACAAAACAAAACAAAACAAAAGGUUAACUGGCAUGGGAAGGGUUCAAAAAAGAAAAAAAAAACCAAAAACCAGAAACAGCCCUUCCUCCACAGCCUUCUUCGCCACCUCCCCCAGCAAAGAAGAAACUCUGGCCUGGGGCCCCAGUAGCUCAUACAGUGUAUCAAAGGGCGUGGGAUCCCCUCUAGAAGUGUCUGCAGCCUUGAUGCGUAUUUUUCUGUAGUGUCCAGACCAGCACUGUUCAAGAGAAAUAUAGUACAAGUCCCACAUGUAAUUUUCAGUUUUCUACUAGCCACAUUUUAAAAAAACAAAAGGAAACAGGUAAAAGUAAUUUUAAUAAUAUCCUUCUUUUUUCCAAUAUUAUUGUUUCGACAUGUAAUUAGUGUAAAAAGUAUUCAUGAAAUACUUGAUGUUCUUUUUUCGUACUAAGUCUUCUAAAGGCAGUGUGUGUUUUACAUUCACACACCUCUCCGUUUGGAUGGGCUAUUUCUCCAGCCGUCAGCAGCCACUCGUGGCUCAUGGCCACCCGUCAGACAGCGCAGGGCUAGAGCUUCUCCAACAUUCUCAGGAGAUUCCCUGACCCUCACGGAGUAAAACGGUUGAAACCUAAUUACCUCCAAAGAGAACUGGGCUCCACCCAGGCCACCUAAUGAGAGGCCCAGAGAUCCAUUUGUUUUAUCAUGAGUAAAUAUGCGGACCGUCCUUUUUGAAAUCUUUGCUGAAUCUUUCUAACCACACCGCUGAUGUCCAUGACCAUUUUCUGUUGCUUCCUUAAUCAGUUGUUUUUUUGUUUUUUUGUUUUUUUUUUUAAUUUUUUUAUUUAUUUUAUUUAUUUAUUGGCUGCAUUGGGUCUUCGUUGCUGCACACGGGCUUUCUCUAGUUGCUGAGAGCGGGGGCUACUCUUCAUUGUGGUGCGUGGGCUUCUCAUUGCCUUGGCUUCUCUUGUUGUGGAGCAAGGGCCCUAGGCACAUGAGCUUCAAUAGUUGUGGCACGCGGGCUCAGUAGUUGUGGCUCACGGGCUCUAGAGCACAGGCUCAAUAGUUGUGGCGCACGGGCUUAGUUGCUCCGUGGCAUGUGGAAUCUUCCCAGGGCAGGGUUCCAACCCGUGCCCCCUGCAUUGGCAGGCAGAUUCUUUACCACUGCGCCACCUAGGAAGUCCUAAUCAGUUGUUUUUUAAAAAAGUCACACAAAGCAUGUUGAUUUGGUGCUGAGACAAAAUUAUAUCCUUCACUUCCACCCUUGGGCUGACAUGUGGCACUCAGGAGCCAAAGAGAAUUCCAGACUCUAGUCAUCCAACUUUACCUCAACCCCUGGUCCGCCUUCUUCCUGACUGGCAGAAGGUCUUUUCCUGGUCCCAGUGCCCCACAGCCCCACCAUUAUGGCUAAAAUGCCUGGAUUCGGGAGGAAAAAGUGGGAAGGUACAUACUGACUCCAAAUACAAGACUUUGUGUGGCCUCCUCAACAGACAAGAUGUCUUUGGGGCUCGUGACCAUCGGCCUCCAGUUGGUGAAUUAUGACCACCUGCGACUCAGAAGCCAGCGCUCAACUCGGAAGUAAGCAUCCCCUGUAGACGUCCCAAGGCUGUGGGCAAGAAAAGGGUCAUCUCCAUUUCGUCAGAGUAAUUUAGAGUCCUCCUACCCCCCGCCCAGGAAUUGCUACGUCCUGUGUGGCCGGUCCCUUUGAGGAGAACUGAGCCCUGCUCAUGACACAGGCAUAGGAAUAUUGAUUUCAUCUCUGGGGUUUGGUCCCCCUACAAUGUCACCUCCAUCAUCUAGGCAGGGAAGGCUGGAAAGUGUGGACAAGGUAGAAAGUUAAAAGUAGCAAAAGCACCUACCUUUUCUGACAUCGUAUAGUAAUGAUCAUGACCGUGCAGGCCAAUCUCUGUUCAAAGAGGUUCCUUUUUGUUUGUUUGUUUGUUUUGUUUUGUUUCGAGCAUUUUCCUCAUUCUGAUGGAAACAUCCUGGAUGUUCCUGGGUCUAGAUUUGGUCACAUCAAACCAUGAUACCCAGUGGCUAGUGCAGUUAGUGUUCUGACCGCCCUGAGGCUGCCGUCCUUGCAGAACCAAAAAUGAUGACAGACAGCCUUUCUUGGGACUCCUUUCCUCCCAUCAUGUUUAGAUGAAAAUUCUUGCAGAGCAUAAAAAAUGAAUGGCAUUUAGUUGUCCAUUGACUGCAUCACCUUGACUGAAAACAGAGAAACCUCAUUAAAUCAAAACGCUUUCAGAAAACCUGAGAGGGAGUCACACCCUCUGUGGAGGGAGGACCCCGCCCUCCUUGAUACUAGAUAGAGCCCCUGAGGCCCUUUCUGGUAGCAUUUUUUUAGUGUACUCCCGCUUAGAUUUCUUUCCCUUUUUUGUCUCGGUGUGUCUCUCUCUAUGUCUGGAUAUCUGCAGCUGUCAGUCUCUUUCUCUGUGCACACACCUCCACACACAUCCUUUUCCCGUCUUUCAGGACAAACAGCCUUAUUGGCUCUGGGUCUGUAGAGUGACUGUGAUUGCAUUGUUCUUGUUGUUGGCGUUUUUCUUCUUUCUAUUGUGUGGCAGUAUCUAUCUUUGCACUUCUGAUGAGGAAAACCAGUUGACUAUAAAGGCAAAUUAACUUCCUUUGUAAUGGAGUUUGCCUCAUUUUCACUUCGCAGACCACCUCUAGCUAUUGCCUCUCUUUUUUUUUUUGAAGCCUUCCUUGCCAGAAAAGUCUACAAAGCAAAUAAUGGCAAGGUAACAGCUCCAGAAUACUGUCUGAUCUAUUAUCUUCCACUUCUCGCAUUUGUGACCUUCUCGGUUCACCACAGGCCCCCAGGGUUAGGACUUCUUGGAAAAACACGUGGGCUGUGCUGUAUCCGAUGUCUACUCCUGCUUCUUAAAAUCUUGGCACGAGAGCUUGCUCUUUGUAAGUGAUCUGAGAGGCCACGUCCUCCUUAAGACUGAAAAAAGGGCAACAACAAAACAAACAAACAAAAAACCAUUCCCCUGGGGUGAGGGACACACAAAUCCUUGUGUAGUGCCCUGCGUCACAGAAGUCCCUCCUCCAUGCUAUCUGCAUGGCCAGGACUGAAACGUACAUUUGAUGAUGGCAAUUCAAAGGUGGUGGGGAUACUUACCCAUAGGAAGUCAGAAAAGAGGAUGGCAGGGUGAGAACAUAGAGGCUCUUCCCCACUCAGCGAGCAUCCCCUAGAGCUGACCCAUCUGGGGGAUGUGUAUGUCUUAAGGAGUGUAAUGCUCAUGAGUUAAACACUCUUGAUUGCAAAGCAAGUUGGGAUGACCUAAAAAAUCAAUUCAUUCGGAGAAGCAGCUGUGAGUUUCUCAUCACUCACCUCUUCCUUUUCUCGGGUCCCCUCCCCAUCUCACAACUCCAGGCCCCUUGUAAGAGGAACAAUAAUUUAUAAAGACCCAUAGAUCAGUAUCCACACUCUCCCCUUCAAGUCUUUUGAAGGCACUAAAUUAGUCAUCCCAAAACUCAAGCAGUGAUUCCAGAUCCUGGAUGUAGACCCUUUAAUUGCAAAACCUGCUCAUUCAACAGAGAAGCUGCCGAGGUCAUUUACAUCUCUCUUUACUGUCCUCUGAAAGAUGCCUGCCUUGAGUGUUUCAUGAUCAAGUGGCUUCUUCAGGAGCCUCCAUGAUCAAAGACCCUCUUGUCCUUGUGCUACUGAACAUUCGCACUCACUACCGAGCCAUUCUCUCUCUGGCCACCUGAUAAAUAUUUGUGGAGGAUAAUGAUAACAUGAGAAUAUGCAUCUCUUCGGAGGUUCUGCAGGUCUGAACACAAGGAAGGAGAAAAAUCAGUGGAGAAGGUAGCUCAACUUGAGUCACCUAAAGUCAUUGCUUGGGCAGAAUGUCUGUGGUCUUGUCAUCCUCAGUGAAGUGAAGGGCUUGGAGAAGCAGGGAAAAUGUGGGGACCAUGUGUACUGUACAAACCAAAGACUGAUCACCAUCCAAAUGGACACGUUUCUUCCGGUGACUAGUUUAAUUUUCUCCUGAUGUGUUCAUGAACAAAAGUGAAGGUGGUUUGCUUGGUCAAAUGAAACUGUGACACCUUAGCGGGUUUUCUCUUGCAGGCUGGUGAUCGACCUUACUGAAUCCAGAAAUCUAAAGAACUGUAUCAUGGCCUUAGUACCGCACCAUCUUGAAAGUCUAGUGUUUAGUCCCCUUUUCCCUCAAAAGUUUCAGACAAGUCGAGCGCUUUAUUGAACGCAGAAUAUUGUUCUCUUUGAGAAUGUGAUGAUUUUAAAUAGCCAAAGAAUUUUCAUGUGUAAGAGCUAAUUCAUUAUAGCAUAUCCUACUCUUUUGAAGAAAAUACCAAACUAUUGCCUGUAGUAAUAGAUAGCGGAGCAGUGGAAGAAGGACUCUUAGCAUAAGGAUUUUUCAGUCUGUGUUUGUGCUGGCGUCUAUGGUACUUGGUGUUAAGUGGGAUGUUGUUGGAAGGGGGCAGGGCGCCCUCUGCUGGAAUUCUCGCCAUUAUUCUUUCAGCCAACUAAUUUGACUAGGGUCACCAUUUCCUCAACAACGAGCAGUGAUUUACCUUUUAUCACAGUUUCCUCAGUAGUUGAGAAUUUGGUCCACGUUUUUUAAAAGAGGAAGGAAUGUCACAAAUUCUGAAAAGUUGGAGGAGGACCCCAUGAAAGAUCUGUCAGCAGCCCCUUUCUUCUGCAAAAUGUUGAAAGAGUAUUGUUUGCUCUGUUUGCAAGGAGGAUGCCUCUGGCUGGAAUGUUUGUGCGGAGUUAUAAGGCAAGGGCCUAAUUGUUUUGUAACGUUAUCUCAACUUUUUCUUGUCAAAUUGCAAAGGAAGGUCAAUAAACAGAAUUCUUUCAUAUGAAUGUAAAUGGUGUGAGAUACGGACGUGUUUUGUACCUGUACAUAAUAAUAUAUUUACU